GGCAGGCAAAUGCUCAAGACAAAGGCGGCUGCUCGGACGUAUUUUAUUUGACCAAAUACGGCAGUCAAGAUUCGUCCUGACAACUGGCUCCUCAAGAACAGUGCUACGAGGACUUCCCAACUUUCCCCAAAUACUUUUAUGGACAGCCCUCGCUGCAGACUUACCGUGUUCUGCAUAACAUCCAUCUCUUUUGAUCGCCUUCGUCAUGUUUCGAAAAAGACUCUUAGCCGGAAGCGUUUCUCUGGUCCUCUGUCUUCUCCUCUUAAGUGACAGGUGCCACGACUCGGUGGCAUUGACUAUGACCUUCAAGAGGGCCUUGAAAGGUGGCAACUUGAAUAUAUGGGGCCCUGCUGAACCACAACAAAUUCGUUAUAAUAUAUUCCACUGCGCUGCUCUCUGCGCCACUAAGUCCUGCGUGGGAUUCGCUUGGUACGACGGGUUAAGAGCAUGCAAGAUUUACCUGAGCCUCGUGGCAAACUUCCAAGCGGGUAUCUUGGUUUACCCUUCCAAUAUGGCGGGAUCGAGAAUAUUUGUCAGGGCAGAUCUGAACGAAAACUUCCUGAUUGUCGUUGAGCCGAGGAUUCCUACCCUCACGUGGGAUUCAGCGCAAGCCUUCUGUCAGACGUUCAGUGAAAAUCUGAUCUACCUCCCGGACUUGGCACAGAUGAAGGAGGUGGCCGACUUCUUCGGAAACUUGCAUGUAGGAUGCAACCAGGUAUCUCCGUCAGUCUGGAAGACUCUGAACGGUACAGACGCUACGAUUACCUACUGGUCCCAAGUUAACUCACAGCCCUGUCUCGCGUUCUUCAAGGGAGCUGGAUAUGCAGGCACUCCUUGCUCCACUCGUCCAGAUAGUUACUGGCCAACAACUUCCUUGUGCUUUUACACCGAACCCUGAGUCAGAACUGUGGUGUGCUGUUUGCAAGGAAGGAAUUCUGUUUUUCAUGUUGUAUUCUGGUAGCUAUCCAUUUGCCUUACGGAAACAUACAUUUGUCUGGAAAGCUCUGAAAACGUUCCAUCAGAGGUAUUGGACGCCUACCUUUACCUCUCUCACAGGUGCUUUGAAAAGUUAUACAAUAUUAGCUUCACAAGAAUACAUUAAACACAAUACAAUACUAAAAUUUGAAAAGUUGUCAAUAAAUGAUGAGACACAUAUUUAAAUGACUACACACCACCACAGAUAGAAAAAUAGAAUGGUUGGUGGGUGAAGGUCCCAGUC